GGAGGGGGAGGGGAGAGAUGGGGGAUGCCGUUGAAAUGGAAAGACAACAUUUUGGUUUCCCAUGUAUCCCUCGCUCUGAGCUGGGCUUGGCUGGCUUGGCUGGAUAUUGUUGGAUCAUGACCUGAACUUAGCAAGGAAAAAUGCACACAAUCCCACCCUUCCUUUCCUGCCUUCUUCUCCUGGUGUUUGGGGUGGGAGGGAGAUUCCUUUGGAGCCAGGACAGGUGUGAUUUGGGAUGCCAGUCUUAAAACAUCUUUAAGCAUGAAUUUGCGCCAAAUGCCCUUGUCGAGCCACUGCCCUGGCAUCUCAGCAUCCUUGUCCAUAACAGGUUUCCAAGUCUCCAUUAGGGAUGUACUCAUUCCAAGCAGUAUUUUAUAUAAUAUUGACCUUGGAAUUCAUUAUCCUGAGAUUUAGCUUAGAGGAAUGUAGGUAUGUUGUUUGAGCCAAAAUGAGAGGAAUUGGCCUAGAUCUCAGGUUUGAGGUGGUGUUUGUAUGCCCAAGGCUUGUGGACCACUGUCACUUUGUAGGGGAGAGGGGAGUGGACGUUCCUCACCACUCUAAGCAGGCAUUCCUCCUGCUUGCAUUGUGUGCAGGGCAUGCUAGUCUACAUCUUCUUGGAACUUUUGGAUCUGAGCUUUUUCUCUUAUCAUGAGCAUUCAGGGGAUGCUGAAGACACGUCUGUUCAUAUGAUCUUGAGUCCAAGUCAGACAGGGUCAGGGUCUGAGUGAGUGAAUGAAGGCAAUGAGAUGCACAGGGUUUGGAGAGUUUGGCCAGAGAUCCUGGAAAGGCAGCUGUGUGCAUCUGCUCACCCAGACGGACUGCUUGGGUUUCCCUUGUUCUGGAGUGGCAGGGAGCAGACUUCUCUGGGUACCAUCUACUGAUCUGCAUUGUCUCCCGUGUCUCCUCUGGGCUUUGGGUGCAGUGAAUCACCAGACAGGGCCAUGGUUUCCACUGAGUGUACCUGGAGGAAGCACUGAGCAGCCUCACAGGGUCUGCCCUGACUAGGUCUGGAAAGAUCUUCUCGUAACACAGUUUCCACAGACCUGGUCCUGAGAUGAUUCUCACAGCCAGGUUUGGGGAGAGUAGGAUCAGUGGGGCACUGUUCCCGAGUUACUGGAACCAUUUCAGAAAUUCUAACCACGAGACAAAAGGCAGUGUGGUGGUGCUAAGCGGAUUUGCCGGUGUUUCCAAAGGAGCCACAGACAGGACAGAUGUCAUUAAUGGCCUCUUACAUUUGGAGAAGAAAAUCAUCCCUCUUUGUCAAAUGAAAGAAUUCAUCUCCUGUGGUUAAUGACGGUGUGGCAGACCAGGAAUCCCCUCCUCCCUGGCGUGAUGGCUGACAGGAGCACAAAGCCCUGGCACUCCACACAGGGUCCUCAUAUGAGAGACAUCUCAUUCCUGAAAGUUUCCCACUGCAUACAAAUCCAUUCUCCUACUAUAAUACUUUCUCUCUUUCAGCAUAUCAAUUGCCAAGUAAUUAUUAUUUAUCUGGGAGUAGGCUUGAUGCAUAUUCAUGAUACUGUAUUGUCAGAGAGGCAUUUGAAUUUGAAGUCUGUGCUAAGGACUAAAGAGAAACUAUUUGCAAAUGUUUCAUCUACACAACAAGAGUGUUGUGGCAUUGAAGGAAGCACUCAGUCUCCAAAGCAACAAGACCUGUCCCUUGUCACAGAGUCCAUCACGGUCAGGAUGAAAGCUGUGCAGUAGCUUUCUGGUUCGGAGUGAAGCAUCUGUCUCAACAUGAUGUCUCUGCCCUGUCCAGUGUUAACUGCCCCAGUGCUGCAAGGCACUGACUCUGCAGCAAGGGGAAGAAUGUGAUGUUUGCGAACCAUUUCUUGAGUCACUCCCUGUCCCGGCCACUUCCAAGUCAUUUGGAGUUUGCUGAAUAGUGCUGAGCCUGACUCAGCGGAAGCACGGCUGGAAGAGAGGCCGCUGCGGUGCCUCCCUGUGGUGGGAUCACUCUGAGUGGAGUAAGAGCUUCAAGGGUCAUCAGUUAGGACCUUGGGGUCAUCUGAUAGCUCCUUGAACAUAUUUUUCUACCCCUCUCUGUCAUCCUCUUUAGUCAGUCUCUGCCCACCUUCCUUCUCUUUGCAACUUGCUUUUUUGCUGCCCAGGAAUGCAGCCAGAGGCAUUGUUGUUCUUAGUUUACUUUGGGCUCCCUGAUCUUGCAGAAGGGUUCAGUCCUAAAAGCAGCCUUCAGUUGGAGGUUUCUCUGUGUUAUCAUCCCCGGUUCCUCCACUCUCUUCAUAACAUUUGAUACAAGGGCUUUCUACUGGUGUCUGUAUCCUUGGAUAAGAGCAGUCGUGUAAGAUGCACUGAUGGACUGGUCUGCUUGGUGUCUUUGGAACAUCUGAGAUAGACCAAAUAGAGCAGGCUUGGUUUCUCUGCACAGGUAGGGCUGACCUCAGCUUCUAGCACGAGGUCAGCUUUAACUUGUUCUGUCAUAUGCCAUUGCUACCAAACUGCGAGAUUCCUGUCUUUCUGCAUUAAAAUACCAGCAAUCUCCAGAAUUCUAAUGAGUAAAACUGUGAUCUCAAGCAUGUCAGGUGGGAACACGUUUGCCUUUUCUCGGUGAGCAUCCAAGUCCUCUUAUAUUGCUCCUGGAUAAAAAUCUCAACAUGAAGACAUAUCUUCUUGCUGACAGGCAUCCUCUUGGAGUCACUUGUUGCGUUAUUUAUGUCAUUCCUCCCUCAUUUCCUCUCACAAGCUCAUCUGGUUCUCCUGUUGCCACUGGGACCAGGCUUUGUCUCCUUCACUAUGUUCUGAACUGGUCCAGAUCCUCACAGGUUCUUCCAGCCUCACCCCAGAUGAGUCUAGAAAGGGCCUGCCCUGUCCUUCCAAGUACCUGGAAGGUGACGUUCCCCCAGUUCUUAAGUACCUCCAGGGUAGACCGCAGUGUGUAAAUAAUGGAUACCCAAGUCCCUCUGCCCACUCUCCUGACCCAGCAUGAGGCUUGCCUGGCUGCACUAGCUUCCUGCUUUUAGAUGGACCCAAGACUCAAGGAUGUGAACAAGGGUGUAGCCAAACCUUACAUCCAAGCAGGGAUGUAUCUGGCACCUGCAUGGCCAAGGCCUGUGUAGCUCCAGAAUUGAUCUGGGCACUGUGACUGACUGGCAACAGCUGAGUAGGCCAGAUCCCUUCACAGUUUGCCAAUUGCUGGCCUCGUUGGUGGGGAAAAUGUUAGUGCAGCCCAGGAUUGCUAUUUAAAGUCUUCUCCCUACCUGCUGUCACAUCCACUUGUUCAGGAGCAAGUAAUUGGUUAUUUAUGCUUCGCAAUCGUGUGUGCUAUAGUUAGAGGAACGGCACUAAAAACGCUCUGCAUUCCCACCCCAGGCCUUGAGUUUGGCAUCCGUUCUCAUGGCUCCUCCCUGUGCCCAGCACCCUGGCCUGCACUGCCCAAGGCCCUGCCACAUGCAUGCUGAGACAGCGCCACCUGCCUCUGCUUGUGUGUCCCGUGUGUGGUGGGGGGCAAAUUGCUCUGGUUCUCUCCACUGCCAUUUCCAUGUGCCUGCUGCUCCCUAACUUCAGCCUGGCCCUGCCCCUACUUCUGAUGGAGGAGCUGGAGUCCAGGUUCACCUGCUGAAGGACCAGUUGGCUGCUGAGGCGGCGGCACGGCUGGAGGCCCAGGCCCGCGUGCACCAGCUCCUGCUGCAGAACAAGGACAUGCUGCAACACAUCUCCCUGCUGGUGAAGCAGGUGCAGGAGCUGGAGCUGAAGCUGUCAGGACAGAACGCCAUGGGCUCCCAGGACAGCUUGCUGGAGAUCACCUUCCGCUCCGGGGCCCUGCCUGUGCUCUGCGACCCCACGACCCCUAAGCCCGAGGACCUGCACUCGCCGCCUCCGGGCGCGGGCCUGGCCGACUUGGCGCCACCGACGGGCAGCCCCCUAGUGGACCACAGCAUGUUUGAGAACUUGAACACAGCCCUCACUCCAAAGCUCCAGUCUAGCCGCUCCUUCCCCCACUUGUCCAGGCCUGCAGCCCCCAGCUCUGCCGCCCUGGGCUCUGCGGAGGCUGGCGUGCCGGGACUCUGGGUAGGCAGCAGCCAGCACCUCAAGAACCUGGGCAAAGCCGUGGGGGCCAAAGUCAAUGACUUCCUGCGGAGAAAGGAGCUCUCGAGCCUCGGCAGCGUGGGCGUGACGGAGAUCAACAAGACAGCCGAGGCCCAGCUGGCUGAUGGGACUGAUGCGGCACCCGGGGCCUGGCUGGAGGAUGAAAGGUCAGUCCUGCAGGAAGCGUUCCCUCGGCUGGACCCUCCGCCUCCCAUAACCAGGAAGCGAACCCCCCGGGCCCUGAAGACCACCCAGGACAUGCUGAUUUCCUCGCAGCCUGUCCUAAGCAAUCUGGAGUAUGGGACAGAGCUGCCACUCGGGCAGCCCCAGGACUCCCCUCCCACGGCCCCGCCUACCCCAGCAGAGACGUCACAGCCAGAGGUGGCCACCCCGGAAAUGGGAGAGGAAAGCGAGACUCUGCCCAACGGAGAGGUGCCCCUGUCCUCGGUCCCCGACCUCAUCCACAAGGACAGCCAGGACGAAGCCACGCUAAAGACGACUGAGCACAGAAGGGCCUCCUCCCCCGGCCUCAAACUCAGCCUGAGCCCCAUCAGCCUGGGCGAGUCCUGGGGGAACAGCAGUCCCCCUCCAGGGGCACGGACCUCCAGCCAAGACAAUGAGGGCCCUCACCCGGAUCUGCUGUCCUUUGAGUAGUGUCCCGCACCAAGCACCACCCACUCCUCCACUGCGCACACAGGCCCUGCGCUCCGCGGUGUCUGUGUCUUGCGUGCACAUGCGCAGCACGGUGCGGCCGGUUCUCCCACGUGGGUCGCUGCACACUAGGAAAUCUUUGAGUAGUACCAACUAGAGUCUGCAGAGGCACAGGGACUCGGGUGCCACCCCCAUCCCGAAUUUCUUCCCGUAAGCCCCUCUGGGAGUCUACUGCAGUCCUUGGAUACCAGAGCUCCAACAGGGCUGAGCACGCCCUGGCUUCCCGCUGACCUGCAGGGCCGCAGGGCCGGCAGCAUGGCCCUUGCAGGAAUUCUCUUUUCCUGUCCCUUCUACACUGCCUACUCCCCUGCUUUUCUCCCUCUGUGCCCUGCUUCCUUCUCUGUCCUCCUUGAUGGCCCAGGGGCCCCCUGCCCCACAAGGAGCAAGGUUGGGUGAGCGAUGAUGGGGCUGGCUUACUGAUGGGCCCAGGCCUGGAAAGCCACACACCCUGACCACUGCCCAGCCGUGGCUUCUUGGAGUCCCAAGGCAGCACGUGUCCCUGGGACCCUCCUUGCCUUUGCCCCUGGGUUGGAAGCUCUGGGGAGAUGCUGACCAGGCCUGAGACACUGAGGGCUCACCCGAGACUUGAACCCGGGAUUCUCAAGAUGUACGCGGUAGAGUCAGAGGCAGAACCCACAAUGAAGUCGCUGCCUGUCUGGAAGAGGCACUCAGGGAAUCAGGGUGUCUGGGGCGCCUGCGCAGAAGGGAAAGCGAGGCUCCCUCGCCGGGUGCGCGGGGCAGGUGCAGCGGAAGCGUCAGUACGCAGCACGUGAGUACGCAGGCUGUGUGUAGAGGGAAGGGCCCGGGAGCCUGCAGGGGGCCCUAAGGAGGGAACUGCAGAGUCCAGGUAGAAAAGGCAGUGAGGACGGGACCAAGAAGAGCAGUCACUGGGGGUCAGAGCAGCUCUCCAGCAAGUGAGCCGACUCCAGGGGCUGGCGCGGCAAGCACGAGGGCCAGAGCAUGUGAGGGGCUGGAACGAGGUCAGUGUCGGGGAGCAGCCACUUCGAACUGAUGACGUGGGAGGCGUGUAUGCGCUUGCGCAGAAGUCGCCCGAGGGCCCCGCGUCUGGCCUGCCUUUCCCUUCUGCGCUUCCCCUGGAGCAUCUGUGGCCGGGAUGAUAAAGUGGGUCCAACCUGAACUGGUUUUAGGCGAACUUGCUCUUGUGUCUGUUUCCUACCAGAGGUCCUAUCUUGCUGUCUUCCUGUGGCCAGCGAGGGGGUGCAUUCAACCCGGAGGGGCUUCGCGGGGAGAAGGGACAGCCAGGGUUGAGGAAGGGGGAAGGCUGGGAGGGGCUCAUGCAGCCAGGGCAGGCCGGGCAGAGGCGUCUGCUCUUCUAUCCACUAUCUGGCUGCCUGCUCCUGGGCUCUGGGACGAGUGCAUCCCCUCCCUGCCACCUCUGCAGGUGAGAUUCCCACACCUACUGCUGCAGAGCCGGGAGCCUCGGAGGAGUGGCUGGCAAUGGGCCCUGCCCCUUCCUGCACUGUUGGUUCUGUGGCUAUGUGAGCUCUUGCACACGCUGUCUGUGGACUUACAUCUCUCCUCUCUCCCUGGUGAAGGCGAGUGUGGCCUGGCUCCUGCAGGCCUGUGAAAUCUGGUCUCAGAUGCUGCAGGUACUGCCUGGGGCUGGAAGGGACAGGUGCUGCUCACAGCCCAGCAGGGACAAUCCCGCAGGGCUCGGCUCAGACCAACUCUUCCAUCCAAAGCCCUCCUGAUUUGCAAGUCCACCCAAUGGCUCGGCAGCUAUGUUCCCACAGCCCCCUCAAAGCGGAUCCAGCUUCUCUGGGAGCUCACCCCUCGGGCAGCCAGUCCCCAAGAGGGCAGGGUGGUGAGGCGGCACCAAGGACCUUUCUUCUAGGAAGUUGAGCCCCCCAAGUCUUGUCUCCCUGAAGUCCGUGGUAGCCCCCUACUCAGCACAUAUCUUUACCCUGAUAGACCAAGGCGUGAGCUUCCAGAACCUGGCAGGAGAAUGGAGACCCUGCAUAGGGGGAGAGAGUGACUGUCAGCACGUGGGCGAGAGGAAGACACAGGGCUGGCAGCCACCACCUGUGAAAAGGAGAAAGCUGCCCCAGUCCGGGGAAGGAGGAAGAUUACAGAUCUGAGGAUUUUCUAGAGAAUUAAUAUUUAUAUUUUUAGUAAUUUUCUGGUAGAUGGGAAUUGCACAAUAAAACGGUUUGGUUUGGUUUGG